AUGUCUUCAUCCAAGCAUUUCAACUCUUUCAACUCAGGCUACAGAAAGGUCGCAGGUGCCGAGUCUUGGGAUUCUCUUGAGCAUGUAAAACACAACGGAAGUGUAGCUCGGCGAGUGUUCCUAGGAUAUCGAGUAGCUUUCUUCGUUCUAUUGGGACUUUAUCUCAUAUCAAUGUUUAUUGCCUCAGUGAUAAUUCUACAACCAGAAGUCUUCCGGAGAAUGCCAGUCUCGUCUUCGUUAAUACCUGAUAUUCCUCGGGACCAAUCGGUGGUGUUCAACGGUUAUGUCGAAUUCGAGGUAGAGAGGGCGAAGGACGAUGCGUGGUCGAAGCUGAUCCCAUUAGGAAGAGGUUUCAUAGUGAUGCCCGUCGAAGUCCCUCAAGAAGAUGGUGGAGUAGAGGUAGAGAUCAAACAUUUCUGUAUAUCCAUGUUCCACCAAUUGCAUUGCAUAGCUAGCCUCAAAUCAGCUUUCGAGAGUAUGAUCAACGAGAAUGGUACUUCGCGCCUGGAGCACACCUCGCACCUCGCUCACUGCUUCGACUAUCUUCGACAGGGCAUUAUGUGUGCAGGAGACAUGACACUGGAACCUGCAUUCGAGUUGGCGGGUGAAGAUGCAGGUACAAAAGCCGUGAAUGGAUGGAAUGUAGAACACCAGUGCAAGAACUACCAGGUGAUGUAUGAUUUCGCGGAGAAGCAUCGGUAUGGAAAUACUAGUGGAAUACUAUAA